GCAGGGUCCCCUCCUCCCCAGACGGCGGCGGCAGGGUCUCAGUGGAGACCCUGGGUCCUUCUGCGUGCCGGAGGCCUCUGCCCUUCAAGCCGAGCAAGCAGAGCUGCCAUAUGGGCAAAGGAGACCAAACUUCCGAGGCCUUGUAGGUCUUUACUUACCUUGUUUCUGUGAAGAGCUAUAUUGCUACAUAACUUACAUGCCACAAAGCCCCAGAGUUCACGUAUGCGUCUUUGUGAAAACUGUCCCGAGAAAGGAAAGCAAAGCGCACCCUUCAGCGAGGAGCUCGCUCAGAAGUCCUCGGCUGACUUUAGGCGUCAGGGCAGCCUCAUCAGGAGAUUGAUGGUUUCCAGGCUGAAUACUCCUGGCUUUCGGGGUCCCCUGGAGAGGAAGAUGUCCGGGCCACCAGCUCGGCGCGCUCCUGUGCAGGCUCCACUCUCCCUGGGCCUCUCCCUUUUGCCGCUGUUGCCCCCCUUGCGUGGCUGGGAGGGAGCCCUGACCUUGGGGCCACUGGUCAGCCUUACAGGAUGGCGGUGAUGUUGCAGCCAGGAGAGGGCCUGGCACGGUGGGCGGGCAGGCCCCUACACAGCACCCUGCAGUGGAGGUCAGUGUGGGGACCCAGCACUGGGUAGAGUCCGGGUUCCAAGAGGGUUGGCCGGGUGUGGUAGGCCUCCGGCUCAGGUGUGAGUUGGCAUGUGCCCUCUGCCCCCAUCCUGCCCUCAGCCACACCUCCAUAAAGCAGAGCCUGCCAGACCCAGGAGGGUCUCCGGUGGCCAAGGUGCCCAGACUUCAGAAGUGGGGAUGGAUGUAGAGGGUCAGGGCUUUGGGCCGCACCCUGCUGCCUCCCAGGUCUCCAGCCCGCUAGUCUGUCCAGUUUGGAACCCUUGGCUUUGUGAGCAGGCCUAGUGGGUUGGUUGGGAGAUGUUUUUUCUGGGAACUCCAUCUGGUGCUGGUCAGCUCUUGGUCUGGGAGGCAGUUUCUGGCUUCCUAAUUUUUAGAGGGGUGAACGAGAGAGCAUGGCUGUCUCAGUCUGCUCUGCAAUCAUGACAACAUACCACUGAAGGGGGCUUAACGGUUUUCUCACAGUUCUGGAGACGGAAAAGUCAAGAUCAAGGUGCUGGCUGAUUUGGUAGCUGGUGAGGGGUCUUUCUUCCUGGCCUCCAGACAGCUGCCUUCUCACUGUAUCCUCACCGGGCAGCUCUCCCGGGUCUCUUCCCAGGAAGGCUCUGAUCCCAUCCUGGGGCGCAGCCUCAUGACCUCACCCAACCCUCACCAUCUCUCAAAGUCCCCGCCUCCCAAUUUCACCCCCACUGGGGUUAGGGCUUCAAACUAUGAGGGGACACAAUUCAGUCCAUAGCCGUCCCUGGAAGGGGACAGCUGCCUGGACUGGGCAGGCGGGAGCCCGUGGCCUGCCACACAGCCUGCACUGUCCGGUGUCCUCAAGUCUGUCCUGCCAGGGGCACCCAGCAAACCGUUUCCUACGCUAACACCCCAUCCAACAAGAGCACCUUGACACGUUCCCUGGGGGUCCCUAAUGCAAGUGGGGCUCUCCCUGCCCUGUGAGCAGGUGCAUUCUCUGGUGAACCCGACAAGAUAGGUCCUCACGGGGGUCAGGGAUUCCCUCGGAUUUGGAGUUCGUUUUCCUAGAAGCGCGUGGGUGGCGCUGUCAUCUGCGUGGAGCCAGAUAAGGGUGGGGUCCCUCUCUGUGGACGAGUCUCCUGAAACCAAGUGGCUGGUUCUCUUCAUGCCCCAGCAGAGGGAAGCUGAGGUGACAUCUCAGUGUGGCACGCCUCGUGCUGCUCGUGGGUGGCUGGGUGGCUGUUCUAACCACCUCGGCCCUAAAGGCAGGAGCUAAGAGCCUGGCAGGUUGGAACGACUUGCCCAAGGCCGUGCCGCGCCAAGCAGCAGCCUGAGAUCUGGCCAACCCUGUGGCCGUCCCCCGCGGGACAGGUGCUGGCAGCCGCCUAGAGGGCUGGCCUCUGGUGGCCAGGCUCAGGAGGCCUUUCCCGCCACUGAGCCUGAUGCCUCCCCAGGCGGGGUGCUCCGUGGACAGUCCGGCUCAGCAGUGACGCCUGUUGGGGGGGUGAGCACCGGAAUCGGGCAGAAGGGUCUCCUUUGUGCCGGGCUCCCCAGGGUCUCGGCGUUGGUGGCCGCGGCGUGGCCAGGUUGCUGGGCGGAAGCCUGGUUCCGGGCUCCCUGGGGCUGUGCUGGCUAUGGGAGCUGGGCGCUGGAGACUGGCUUUAGGAGGGGCACGUCGAUCUCCCCGCGAGGUGUUAGCCUGGGGUCGCUGGUCGCUGCAGCCUGUGGUGGUGUGAUGAGCAGCCAGGACCCGUCGUCCACAGAUUUUGUGGCCAGAAACACAGCCUGCGGGUGUGGGAGAUGGAGGCCGGGCCCGGGGUUCUAUGGCGUUGGGCCCUUUGCUCCCCUCCCGUAAAUAUUUAGAGAGGCUCGGAUCCCAGCCGUAAAUAUUUGAAAAUGCAUCAUGGUGAGCGGGGCUGCCUAGGGGUGGAGGGAUUGAUGACCCACUGAACUUACUGAACAUCCUACAAGGGUAGCAGCAGGGGCCCUGGCGGAGGUUGCAGGAAACCAGGAUAUUGGGAAGUGUGUGCAUGUGAUAACAUCAGAGACGCUUCUCAGAAUCACAGGCUCUUGGCCCUGAAGGGGCCUCGGUGGCCUUCCUGCCUGACCCCUCCCAGGCCAGGCACCCACCCCAGCGAGCUCGAGGGGACCUGGGUCCUGGUGCUGCGGUUGGUGGCCCAGCCAUCUCGGGGCUCGAGGCUCGUCUGCCCCCUGGGGACAGAGUGAGUCUGGCCUGGCCUGGCCAGGCCAAGUGCAGGGAGGGCAAGGGCAGGGCCGACCCAGACCUGUGACCCCCACCCCUGUGGGAGGGAGGCUGAGGCCUCGGUGGCCCUCCUCUUACCGCCUGUCACACAGGCUUCCCAGGGCAGCACUGGACGCUCCCUUGAGAAGUUUCUCUAGUACUUUGGCAGCCCUGUGUGAAGCGGACCGGGGGGAUGCUCUCCUGGGCUCGGGAACCUGAGAGGCAGGCGGGCCCCAGCCCGGCAGCACACACAGCUUCCUGUUUCUAUUUCGGUCGGUGCCUUGCAUCAGUGGAGCGCCUUCGUCUGUGGAGUGGGAAGGAGGCGGCCCUGGGAGUGGUGAGGCCGGGUGAGCCGCCGCCCCUGGGGACCGGGCGCCCCCGUGCUGCGGCUCCUUCCCCGAUGGCGGGGCGCCCGGGGGCCCAGGCCGGGCUCAGACCCCAGAGCCGGCUCCCCUGCCCCGUGCGGAGGCCCACGGCUCUGCCUGCCGCCCUUCUCCGCUGGCAGGCCUGCCCCCUUCUGGUCCUGAGCCAGUUUCUCUUCCAGACCCUUCCCCCAACCUCAUUUCUUCCAGAAAGCACAGCCGUCCUCGUCCUCAGGAUGGGCUGCCCCUGCGCUGAGCCACCUGCCCGAGCCUGUCCUGCCGGCCGCAGGCGAGGAAGCGGAGCUCCAAGCAGGCUGGGAACAGAGCCCGGGUUAGGGCUGGGCUCAGGGUCACGGGUACGAGGGGGAAGGAACUUGACCUAGCGUCGUGUUUAUUUACUAUUUGUUUUUCCUCUUUGUUGUGAAAGUGCAACAGUGAAACUGACAGGCGCCCCGGGGGUGUCCCACUGCCCGCAUGGGGCCUCCCGGCAUGUCCCGUCGGUUCACGUGUGACAGACACGGACUCUAAAAGCCCACGAUACGGCGCCCGCGACUGAAACCAAAUUAGACUCGUUCCUCACGGGACGGCCUCCAGUCAUCUGUCAGGUUCUCCCGCGGGUGCCAAGCCCCCUGUCCUUUGGCGGCCAGACCCCGGCUCUAAACUCAGAGCUGGAACCGGAGGCUCUGUCAGACUCUGGUUUGAGUUUCCGGCAGGACCUUGGGAGGUUCGGGUGAAGUCCGUGUGGCGGAUGUCCAGGACACCGUGUCCCGGGCCCAGCGGGGAUCUUCCCUCUGGUGAGAACAGCCUUGCUGGGCUCCUGCACCCCGUCUCCCCUCCGGAAGGGACAGCACAAGCGGCUCCCACGUGACCUCGGGGGCUCGGCUCCUAGCUCAGCUUCUUCGAGUUUGUGCCUCUUUUCUCCAACCAGAAGAAGUCUCGGUUCUCAGUGACGACGGCACACCUGUGCUGUUCGCCAUCCCUCCCCCUGCCCCUCCUGAGUCUGCCGACGCCUGUGUGAUGCUGCUGGUGACACGUAUUGUCGCCACACGUGGCUCCUGAAAGCGGGGCUGCAGCCGCACCGCCUUCCGCGCCAGCCCAGCACACAGGUUCCCUUCUGCCGCCUGCUUUUGUGUUUUUAGGGAAUUUUAUAAAUUGUGUUGUAUUCCAAAGUCAAAGAGGAGACCCCCAGGUCUGGCCGGCUGCCCCCGGGGGUAACCCCCUGCCGGGCGAGCGGGGGGCCGGGCGGCACGUCCUGCUCUCGGGCGACUCAGGCUCGCCGCCCGGGUGUCCCCAGCCUGCUCUCAGCCCCGCACCGCAGAUCCCGAGAUCACCUGUGCCCGGGGCCGAGGUCCUGCCCACGGAUCAUUCCCGAUGGACGCAGCACCACGGGGCACUGACCCCCGUGCCCGGCCCCGGGGCUCCAGGUGAGGACGCGGCUCCUGUGUUUCCUCAGGCUUCACUCGUCGGUGCCGGGAGCCACCGCCCGCCAUGGAGGGGCAGGACGAACAGCCCCUUCGCGAGGCCAGCACAGAGCCCAUCGUGACUUCAGGGGGUUCGGAGGUGGUGCCCAGGGUGCUCCCCGGAGAGCCCCAGAACCUGUGUGCGUGCUCCCUGGGUCACCGUGCCGGGCGGGAGGGGCUUGGGCUGGGUGAUCUCCAGAGCCUGUGGUGGACCAGGGGCCCCGGCCCACCCUGGGGGGGUGGCGGGGGGGGGUUCUUGAGUGCGAGCAGGGCUGUGGCAGGAGCCCCCUCCUCAGGUGUGGAGGCCGGGUGCCCUGCACAGCCCCACCCCGUCCUGGGCCCCUCGGCGGCCUGGGGGCUCCCCUUGGCGUGGGGCCUGGCCGCACGUCCUGGUGAGCAAGUACCAGUGGCUCGAGGCCCGGAGAGGCCCCCACGUGUGUCCGCGUUCCGCGGGGCAGCACGCACCCCUGUCCCUGCGCCCCGGAGGCCCAGGCUGCCCGUGUGGGAGGAUGGCCCCAAGCCGGGCCUUGCUGUCCCUGCAGCCGACGUGGACGCUUUCCACCUGCUCCUGGAGAUGAAGCUGAAGAGGCGGCAAGAGCGGCCCAACCUGCCGCGCACGGUGACCGAGCUGGUGGCCGAGGAUGGGAGCCGCGUGUACGUGGUGGGCACGGCCCACUUCAGCGACGACAGCAAGAAGGACGUGGCGAAGACCAUCCGGGAGGUGCAGCCCGACGUGGUGGUGGUGGAGCUGUGCCAAUACCGCGUGUCCAUGCUGAAGAUGGACGAGCGCGCGCUGCUGCGUGAGGCCAAGGACAUCAGCCUGGAGAAGCUGCAGCAGGCCGUCAGGCAGAACGGGGUCAUGUCGGGACUCAUGCAGAUGCUGCUGCUGAAGGUGUCCGCCCACAUCACUGAGCAGCUGGGCAUGGCCCCUGGCGGCGAGUUCAGGGAGGCUUUCAAGGAGGCCAGCAAGGUGCCUUUCUGCAAGUUCCACCUGGGCGACCGGCCUAUCCCCGUCACCUUCAAGAGGGCCAUCGCCGCCCUCUCUUUCUGGCAGAAGAUCAAGCUGGCCUGGGGCCUGUGUUUCCUGUCGGACCCUAUCAGCAAGGAUGACGUGGAGCGGUGCAAGCAGAAGGACCUGCUGGAGCAGAUGAUGGCCGAGAUGAUCGGCGAGUUCCCCGACCUGCACCGCACCAUCGUGUCUGAGCGGGACAUCUAUCUGACCUACAUGCUGAGGCAGGCGGCCCGGCGCCUGGAGCUGCCCCGUGCCUCUGACGGUGAGGACGGGCUGCGGGGUAGUCGCUGGGGACCCGCCAGGGCCAGUCGGGUGGGCAGUGCUGAUGCAUCUCUCCCCGCUGCAGCCGAGCCCAGGAAGUGCGUCCCCUCCGUGGUGGUGGGCGUCGUGGGCAUGGGCCACGUCCCCGGCAUCGAGAAGAACUGGACCACCGACCUCAACAUCCAGGAGAUAAUGACCGUCCCGCCGCCGUCCGUCGGUGGCAGAGUGUCCUGGCUGGCCGCGAAGGCCGCCUUCCUGGGCCUCCUGGGCUACGGCCUGUACCGGAUGGGGCGCCGUGCCAGCGACCUGCUCUUGGCGCUGCCUGCCGCCCGGCACUGCCUGCAGAGGGCCCCCGAGGCCUGGCCGCACAAGUAGGAAGGACAGAGGGAGCCGCCACGUCCGUCCAGGGGGCUGCCCGCGGCUGCUCCUGUGACACGGCCGAGGGGCACGGGGGGCCGGCCCCCUGAGGAGCUCCUGGGUGCCACCCCCCAUGGGGGUCCGGCCUAGCCUCACCUGCCCUCUCCCAACCCGCCCAAAUAAAGAAUUAUUUCACUGUCUGAGCUCGGGCUUCCCAGCAGCCCCCCUGCACCCCCUCCCUGCGGCCGCUGGGAAGUUCACCGGCCCGGGAUGAGCUGGCGGGGGAGGGGUGAGGUGCGGUGGGCCGCAGCCGGCCAGCCCCUACCUCACUGUGCCUUCUCUCCGCGUCGCAGGCGGCGCCUCGCGGGGGUGCCGGGCCAGCACGCGGGGAAGGGCAGCUUGGCCCGUGCAGCCCUUCGCGUGGCUCCUUGGCGGCCCCGGCUGAGCGCCAGCAACGGCUGUGCCUACAGAGGUUGUGCGUUUCUGGCUUUUAAAAGUGUCUGAAACUUUUCUACUCAGGUAUUUUUAACUUAAAACAAACCGAAGCAAAUGUCAGGAAAUACUAGCCUUAAAUCUGGUUGGGACAAAGAGAACACCUUUCUCUUGGGGUCUCGGUCCCAGGAAGACAGGGGUGUGGCAAGGGUCAGUUUCGGCCAUGGGCAGCUAGGCUGGCCUCCAACCGCUGCCCGUCCAGCUGCCCCCGUGGUCUACCUCCAGCCGUGGGGGCUGCAGGGCCGCCGCCCUCUCGGGGUGGAGCCUGCCUGGCCCACAGGCGGUUGAACCUGCUUCCUGUGCAGCUAGUGGUGGGACCUGGGGGUCACCCCGACCCUCAGUGGAUGGCUGGCAGCGAUCCACCAGGCCCGCCAGUUUGCACAGGAACCGCGUCGGGUGCAGCUGGGCCCAAGGUCGAGCUGGCCCCAUACAGCACUUGACCCCAGUCACUACCUGUUUGCGUCGUGUCCUGGUCACCUGUUUUCGACGUAGCAUCUGUGCAUCCCGUCAGGGGCCCAGGGCCACGUUUGGUUGUGUCUGUGUUGACUCAGUGUCUAAAUCAGGUGAAAGCCAUGGCCACAAUCUGGCCCGAGGAGCCUUGGGCUGGGCCAUGUCCUUGUCAUUCACACGCUCGUGUACACGUCCCUUAGAGACUGAAAUAAAAUCUAAUUUUGGAA